AUGAGCGGCAGCGGGCGGCCCAGGACCAGCUCAUUCGCCGAGCCUCCCGGAGCUCCCGGAGCCGCUGCAGCCGGCGCCGUAUCGGCAGUAGCCGGCGGAAGCUCGACAGGAAAGUCGGGGGCUUCGCAAUCCAGCGGAGGUAGCUCGACGAGCUUUGGCAACCUUAAACUACCCCGUGACAGUGGCAAAGUGACAACCGUGGUGGCCACGCCGGGCCAAGGUCCCGACCGCCCGCAGGAAGUUUCGUACACGGACAUCAAGGUGAUAGGAAAUGGUUCUUUCGGUGUGGUGUACCAGGCGCGCCUCAUCGACAGCCAGGAGAUGGUUGCCAUUAAGAAAGUGCUCCAAGACAAACGGUUUAAGAACAGAGAGCUGCAAAUCAUGCGCAAGUUGGACCACUGCAACAUUGUGAGGCUACGUUACUUCUUCUACUCCAGUGGUGAAAAGAAAGAUGAAGUCUAUCUGAAUUUGGUGCUGGACUUCGUCCCCGAGACGGUGUACAGGGUGGCUCGGCACUUCAACAAGGCCAAGACCACCAUCCCCAUCAUUUAUGUUAAGGUGUACAUGUACCAGCUGUUCAGGAGCCUGGCUUAUAUCCAUUCCCAGGGCGUGUGUCAUCGAGACAUCAAGCCCCAAAACCUUUUGGUGGACCCAGAGACAGCCAUCCUCAAGCUUUGUGACUUUGGCAGUGCCAAGCAGUUGGUGCGCGGCGAGCCCAACGUGUCGUAUAUCUGCUCGCGGUAUUACCGUGCCCCGGAACUUAUCUUCGGCGCUACCGACUACACGUCCAACAUCGACAUCUGGUCAGCCGGCUGCGUUCUGGCUGAGCUGCUACUGGGCCAGCCCAUUUUUCCGGGCGACAGCGGCGUGGACCAGCUAGUAGAGAUCAUCAAGGUUCUUGGAACUCCGACAAGGGAGCAGAUCCGAGAGAUGAACCCCAACUACACAGAGUUCAAAUUCCCGCAGAUUAAAGCUCACCCUUGGACAAAGGUGUUCAAGCCCCGCACGCCGCCAGAGGCCAUCGCCCUCUGCUCUCGACUGCUGGAAUACACGCCAGUCACCCGUCUGUCUCCGCUGGAGGCCUGCGCACACGCCUUCUUCGAUGAGCUGCGCCAGCCCAACACCCGCCUUCCUAGCGGGCGGGAACUGCCGCUCCUCUUCAACUUCAGUCCCGUCGAGCUGUCUAUCCAGCCCCAAUUAAACUCAACGCUCAUUCCUCCUCACGCUCGUGCACAGACGACGCCUGCCUCCCAUGAUGGCAGUGUGUCAGACAGUCCCGCCCAGCCCGGCUCAGCGCCCGGCUCCAUCAGCAACAGUACCUGA